AUGGUGGAUGACCCGACCAACCCAAACAAGUAUGAGGGCAUCUACAUCAUCCUCGGAAUUCCUAAGCCAAACACUUACUGGAUCCGAGAGCGAGACACCGGCGAAGAGCUUACCGUAUGUGUCGACCGCUUGAAGCCGUACCUAAACCCGGACGGCCCAAGUCGCCGGAUUACCCGUUCAACCAAAAAGAAGGGCGGCGACGCCGAACCCGAACCUACGGAGUCGGGACGGUGCAAAGACCAGACAGAGUCGGAAGGUGCAACAACCACACUUGAGAAGCUGCUGAAGAAGCAAAAGCCCGGAAAGGGCCCUUCAAAGAAAUUUGUGGAAGAGCAGCAAAAGACUCUGAAGAUACCUGGCUUUAAAGGGCCCGAACCAGAAUCUGAAGACCCGGCCCCAAAACGUGGCCGUGGCCGGCCUCGGAAGACCAAACCGGAUUUCGAGACGCCAGCCUUGACCAAACUCCAGAACCAGCCAUUAGCCGUCAUCGACCUAGAGUCACUGGCCAACUUGUCAGUCGGACCCGGACCACGGGCUGAUACACCGCUACCGCGGAGUCAGCCCAUGCCACCUCGGGCCAUCCCGCCGCAAUACUGGCCACCAGGGACAUUCUCCGAUGAUACCGAACUCCUGGUCAAUGCGGCAGCAGCCAGCAGUCAGCCAAGCUCUUCGUCGGGCCGAACGGUCCGACAUAUGCCGCGUGGCCCAACAGGCCCGCGACCAAUCUUGUAUGGUGGUCAAUCGGCCAACCAGCCGGUCACUACGACAGUAGCAGUCGGACCAACGGUCCAGACUCCGCCGGCCCAUACUGGGCCGAGGCCACGCUACACUCCGCCGCCAUACUACAACCCAAACUUCGGAUAUCCACCGUAUCCUGCGCCUGGACCUUCGAACCAGCCGCAGCCGGACCAGAACCAGUGGCGAUUCCCACCACCGUGGACAUAUCCGCCACUACCCUAUGGAUAUCCACCGCCCUACGGCGGUUAUGGCGGAUACGGCGAACCGCCGUAUGAUUCUUCUGCGGAAGAACUUGAACCUACGGUUCAAGAGCCGACUGAACCUUCAUUACCGGUCCCAGAACCGGGACUUGAGGCAUUCCGAACGGAACAGCCGCAGCCAUCCCAGCCAACCACAUCGGGUAAUCGCGAUAUGCGCGACUUCCCAUUACGGGUAUUUGUGGAUGGCGUAUACACUGUAUACCACCGGCCAGAAGAUGUUCCACCAGCAAUGGCGGCCCAACUCGGCCUUAUUGAACCGGACCCGACUGCAGGGCCAGCACCAAACCCGGUGUUGGCCGGGCGUGACCAGACUGUCCCACCGACAGAACCUGUGUCAUCGCCGCCACCACCACUAAUCACGGACAUCGAGGACAUGAUUGAACCGGUGUCAACGCCAUCACUGCGGUCUGAAUCCCCGGACGAACCAUUGGCCGAUGGCAGAACUCCACUCUACAUUCUGCAAGAGAACCUUGCGGAAGUAGAGAACUCCAUAAAAGAACUGGAGCAAAUGAUCCGCGGAUUUAACAUCCAGGACCCUCACCAACGUGACUUGGUCAAGCGGAUUAUCAAGGACCAAGAUGAGUUCAGACGCUUAGCACGUGAACUCAGAGAAGAAAUCGCACUCCGGCAGGCCCAGCACGAAAUAUUACCGUUGCAUGACCAAACCGGUCCGGCCCUGCUGGAGGCAGCUCGUGAAAUGAGAUGGCAGCUGGAACAGCAUAGGAUGGCGCACGAAUUCCGGAUAAGAAAUUCCGUACCACCGGCGCGCCCACCGCCAGCGCCAUCAGCACCACCUCAGCCGCUGAACCCAACAGUCGUAGUAACCGCUACGACAGGGGAAACCUCAGCCGCACCAAUGGCCCCACCCGCGCCAAUCGACGCGGCAAGGGCCACUGGCUUACAACAGCGUGACCCAGCCUCAUCCCCGUAUGACUUACGGGCCAACCUGGACUUAAUGCCCCUGGACCGUGAACUUCACGCGGCAGAGGCCUUAACGGAAGAAAUCCGUACAGUUAUCCGUGGCCUAACCGGCACGGACAUAGCCACCAUUCGCAGAAGAGUUGCCCUGGAGGCGGAACUUUAA